AUUGUCGCCGCCACUGGGCGGAAAGCGAAAUUGGGCCACGCUCAGUGAGACUUAUUCGCAUCUGCAACUCCCGUCGCUUGGCACUAGCAAGAAAUCCAUUUUUGAAGUCAUCGGGGUAUGGAUGUCCGAUUCACUCUCCUGGACUUAUCCGCGGCACUUAUAGAGGAAUGGCAACGCGCCUUCAAUCAACACCUUCCGAAUGCCGUUCCCGACAGAAUAACACUCGUUCAGGCGAUGUUGGCUGAUCUAAAGCCUCCUUUGUCUCAAUUCGACUGCAUCGUUUCGCCUGCUAAUUCGUACGGUCGUCUGGAUGGAGGUUUCGAUUACUUCUUAUCGGAAGCCAUCGCGCCUGCGGACGACUUGCUGGCGCCGACCCGGCUUGUCCAGGCCACGCUGUAUCGCCGUUGGCGAGGAUAUGCUCCUCCAGGUACCUGCACCCUUGUCUCCUUGUCUGGCUCGACUUGCGAAAACAACAGCCAUGCUUGUGCUUACAUCGCCAUAUGCCCGACCAUGCGCAUCCCGGAAGUCGUGCUCUGGAAUAGAGAAGUUGUUUACAAUUGUGUUUGGUCGCUGUUGGUUGCGGUUGACGAACACAACCGCUCCGUGAAAGCAACGGGAGCUGGGACCGAAAUUAGAAGGGUUCUGAUGACGGGACUGGCAACAGGAGUCGGAUGUGUCUCAGCCGAGAGGUGUGCGCAGCAAAUGGCGUUGGCGAUGAAGCAUUUCGAAGAUGCUUCUCUCAACGCGGAUAAAUGGAGCGCGUUGGGAUGGGACGAUGCCAUCCGCUACACAGAGGAAUCGCGCGCCACACACAGAUUUUAGACCUCGGCCAGUUUCCGAAUGUGAACCGUGCUUGUGUGAACCAUCUGAUCCUUAGGUGGUACACACUGUAUGAGAAUGAUUAAUCACCAUGAUUCCGAGGUUUUCGUUUGGGAGAGUGACUGUUUCUUAGUUAUCAAUUGACCUCUUAUACUUGUUCUUGUCUUCU